UUUCGCGCCUCGCCAUUCCGGAUUAACGUAAUCCUUUAAUACGCAUGCUCAACCGGAUAUUCAUUCACACAACGUUUUUUUUUAAUCUCAUCGAAAUGAUAUUCGCAGAUGAUAAUAUAACGGAAAACAAGUUGUAUGUCAUUGAAUCCAUAUAGAUAUACAUACAUUACAGUAAUUCUUGUGUUAUACACUCUCGUUUAUUUCCUAAUUAUAACUACUACCAUUCUUUCGCCUAACCGUGAUAUACACGAGAAUGUCUGAUGGUAUUGGCAGCAAAAGCAUUUUAACUUGAGAUGAUGGUUUAAAGAUUAAAGGAACAUGUUAUACGAAGCAGAUGUAAUUAUAUUCAUAUAAACCUGUGAUGGAAUUGCCAUGAAAUAUUUCCAGAAGACGAGGAUAUUUAUUUGAAAUACAAUAUAAAAAUGGAAAGGAAAAGAGAUCAUAAAAAAGAGAGGAGGUUUAUGGAAAAUGUCUGGUGUUUGUGCUGCAAUAAAUGUGAAGAAAGAUAGAAAAAGAAGUGAUUUACUUGAUAAGAUGUCGAAAAAGAAGGGCAAAACUUCAUAUCACUGUGAUAUCUGUAAAAAGACAUUCCAGAAACAACGUAACCUAACUAUUCACAAGAAAAGUCAUUCAGGAGAGAGACCAUUUCACUGUGACAUCUGUGGCAAAUCCUUCGUUGGAAAACAAGUGUUAAUGGUUCACAAACGUAUUCAUACUGGAGAAAAGCCAUAUCACUGUGAAAUAUGUGGUGGUUUAUUCUUGUUAAAAAAUAACUUAUCUAUACACAAACGUAUUCACACAGGAGAGAGACCUUACAGCUGUGAUAUCUGUGGUAAAUCUUUCAAACAAAGUGGUGACUUAAAGGCUCACAAACGCACUCACACAGGAGAGAAACCAUAUCGUUGUGAUAUCUGUGGUAAAUCCUUUUCACAAGGCAACCAACUUAGUAUGCAUAAACGCAUUCAUACAGGAGAGAGACCAUUUCACUGUGAUAUCUGUGGCAAAUUCUUCAUUGCAAGCAAUGCCUUAAAGGUUCACAAGCGUAUUCAUACUGGAGAAAAACCUUAUCCCUGUAAUAUCUGUGGAAAAUCAUUUGCUCUAAAUUGUAACUUAGCUGUUCACAAACGCAUUCAUACUGGAGAGAAGCCAUAUCACUGUGAUGUCUGUGGCAAAUCAUUCUGUCGUAGUCAUCACUUAUCUGUUCACAAACGCAUCCAUUCAGGUGAGAAGCCAUAUCAGUGUGAUAUCUGUGGCAAAUCAUUCUCUCAAAAAUCUGGCUCCGUUGUCCACAAACGCACACAUUCACAAGAUAAGCCAUAUUGUGAUAUCUGUGGUAAAUCUUUCUCUCAGGCUAAUACUUUAGCUAUUCACAAAAUGAAACAUGCAAAUGAGAAGCCAUAUCAUUGUAAUGUUUGUGGUGAGUCUUUCUUUCGAAUAUGUGACUUAAAUAAUCACAAAAUUACUCACAGGGAAAAAAGACAGUAUCACUGCGAUACUUGUGGUAAAACUUUCCUUCAAAAUUCUCAGUUAGUUAAACAUAGACGUAUUCAUACGGGGGAAAAGCCAUAUCAUUGUGAUAUCUGUGGUAAAUCAUUCUCUGUAGGCAGUAGUUUGACUUCUCACAAACGUAUUCAUACAGGAGAAACACCAUUUCACUGUGAUAUCUGUGGUAAAUCAUUCUGUGUAAGCGGUAAUUUAACUAUACACAAACGAAUUCAUACAGGAGAAAAGCCAUACCACUGUGAUACCUGUGGUAAAUCAUUCACUGUACGUAGUGCAUUAAAAUCUCACAAACAUAUUCAUACAGGUGAGAAGCUAUUUCAGUGUGAUAUCUGUGGUAAAUCAUUCUCCCAGAGAUCUCACAUAGUUAUCCAUAAACGUACUCAUACAGGAGAAAAACCAUAUCAUUGCGAUAUUUGUGGUAAAUCAUUCUCUCACAAAUGUAGCUCAGUUGCCCACAAACGUACCCAUUCAAGAGAGAAGCUACAUUGUAAAAUCUGUGGUCAAUCAUUCUCUCAGGCUAAUAGUUUAGCUAAUCACAAAAAAAAAGCAUGCAGAUGACAAGCCAUAUCAUUGUGAUGUUUGUAGUAAAUCAUUCUCUGAAAGUGGCGACUUGACUAAACACAAACUCACCCAUACAGGAGAGAAACCAUAUAGCUGCAAUAUUUGUGGUAAAUCUUUCUGCGUACGUAGUGCAUUAACUUUUCACAAACUUCUUCAUACAGGUGAGAUGCUACAUCAAUGUGAUAUCUGUGGUAAAUCAUUCUCUCAGAAAUCUUACAUAGUUAUCCACAAACGUUUUCAUACAGGUGGUGAGAUACCCUAUCAUUGUGAUAUCUGUGGCAAAUCACACUCCCAGAUAUCUGCGUCAGUUAUCCACAGACGUACUCACACUGGAGAGAAGCCAUUUCACUGUGAUACUUGUGGUAAAUCAUUCUCCAACAAUCGUGCCUUAACCAUACACAAGACGUAUUCAUACAAGAGAGAAGCCAUUUGAAUGUGAUAUCUGUGGUAAAUCAUUCUCUGGAAAAAGCGUUGUAACUACACGCAAACGUAUUCAUACAGGGCAAAAGCCAUAUUGUGAUGUUUGUGGAAAAUCAUUUUUUCAUAGAAAUACCCUAACUUACACAUAAGUGGAUUAAUUUCCUGGUCAAUCAUGACUCCUUUAAAAUUCAUUGAAAUAAAAUUCAUUAGACAUAAA